AUGCUGUCGGGUCUAGCCUUCCAGGAGCAGGAUCUGGACUGCUUUGGAAUUGGCUCUUUCGAGGAGACCUUUAUUACAGAGGAAGAUCUGGAGCGGGCACGACGGAAGCAUGCAGAGAAUACGGCGGCACCCACACUGGACGAGUUGGUGGCAUCGCUGGGAAGGUUUGCGACGGCGGCAGGUGGUGGCGGCGAUGGAGGGGUCGUGGUUCUUGUGCCUGCGCCAGUGGUCCUGUGCCUUGAUGGCACGCCGAUCGGGCUGGCUGGCGAAGUCCGGCUGGAAGCGGGAGAGAGGCUGGUGUGGGAUGGCGUGCGGGUGGCUCGGGCAGACGUCGACGAGAGCGCCGAGGGAGAGGACGAAAACGCUCAGGCCGAGGCAAACAGCGAGGCCGCCGGCGCGCCGCCACCGUCAUCCGACGGGUUGAGUAGGAGUCGUGGAUCCAGCAAGGAAGCACAGCCGUUGGCGUUUUGCUUUCCGCUGGCCCAGGUCGGCGAUGUGCGUGUGAAGGAUGUGGAACAGGUGGACGCGUCGGCGUGGAGGGCGCUGCACGUGACGGUUGCCGGUGCGCAGCACGUCCAGUUUGUGGUCCCGUCAUCGGGUCCGGGCGCGGUGGCGCGCUCGGUGCUUGACGCGGCGCAGACUACGGUGUUGGCAGCCCAGCCAGAGGUGGAGCCGGUGGCAGAGCCGCAGUCGCAGCAAGAGGCGACGUCGCCGCAAGCGACAGCGGGCCAGGCGUUUAGUCUCUCGAUCACCACACUGUCGUCGGCGUCGGGCAAAGGCAGCAAGAUCAUCGAAAAGCAGAACGGGCUGCUUGCCAAAUCACGCAAACUGCUCGGUGAGAAGCACGCGACGGCCGUGGCACGAGCCGAGGCCGUGCGCGAUGCAGCGAUCGCAGCGGCACACGCGGCGUAUGCGGCGGCGGUGGAGCGGGCAGAAGAGAGCACGGAGGCGCAGUGGGAGGCCGAGGUGGCCAAGGCAACCAAGCUUGUUCGGGUCUUUGCGCGCGACGCAGAGGUGAGUGUGACACAGCCGCCGGGUGCAGAGAGCGCCGAGCGCGCCGAGCGCGCCGAGGAGGAGGGGAGUGAUGGACUGCCCGAGUGCGCCAUCUGCUACACUAGUAGAGUCGACACGGUCUUGCUGCCGUGUCGACACGAGAUGUGCGGCGAGUGCGUGGCACGGCUGCCGCAGCCGCUGACGUGCCCGUGGGAUCGGGCGAGUGUAGUGGCGACCGAGCCGCGGACGUGA